GGAGCGAGGAAGGGGGGCGGUGGGGGAGCAGCAACAGCAGCAUGAGAAGGCGAGCUGGCCUGGGGGGCAACAUGAGGUCAGUGGUGAGCUUCUUGUCCCAGAGGGGCUUGCAGGGAGACCCCCUGCUCACCCAGGACUUUCAGAGGAGACGCCUGCGAGGCUGUAGAAAUCUCUACAAGAAGGAUCUCCUGGGCCACUUCGGCUGUGUCAAUGCCAUUGAAUUCUCCAACAAUGGAGGCCAGUGGCUGGUCUCAGGUGGAGAUGACCGUCGAGUUCUGCUUUGGCAUAUGGAACGUGCAAUCCACUCCAAAGUUAGGCCUGUUCAGCUGAAAGGGGAACAUCAUUCUAACAUCUUCUGCCUAGCUUUCAAUAGUGGCAACACCAGAGUCUUUUCUGGAGGUAAUGAUGAACAAGUUCUGCUCCAUGAUGUUGACAGUGGUGAAACCUUGGAUGUAUUUGCCCAUGAAGAUGCAGUGUAUGGGCUGUCAGUGAGUCCUGUGAAUGAUAAUGUCUUUGCAAGCUCAUCAGAUGAUGGCCGAGUUCUCAUCUGGGAUAUCAGAGAGUCUUCCCAGGGAGAGCCAUUCUGCUUGGCAAACUAUCCAUCAGCCUUUCAUAGCGUGAUGUUCAAUCCGGUAGAGCCUAGAUUGCUAGCCACUGCCAACUCUAAAGAAGGUGUAGGACUCUGGGACAUUCGCAAGCCGCAAAGCUCCUUGCUCCGGUAUGGUGGGAAUCUCUCACUUCAGAGUGCCAUGAGCGUGCGGUUCAAUAGCAACGGAACACAGCUGCUUGCUCUCAGACGUCGGCUGCCCCCAGUCCUUUAUGACAUCCACUCCCGUCUGCCUGUUUUCCAGUUUGACAACCAGGGUUACUUUAAUUCAUGCACCAUGAAAAGCUGCUGUUUUGCGGGAGACCGUGACCAGUACAUCCUGUCUGGCUCUGAUGACUUCAAUUUGUACAUGUGGAGAAUUCCGCCAGAUCCAGAAGCAGGCGGGAUCGGCAGAGUGGUCAAUGGUGCCUUUAUGGUGUUGAAAGGUCAUCGUUCCAUUGUAAAUCAGGUCCGAUUUAAUCCCCACACCUACAUGAUCUGCUCCUCGGGUGUGGAAAAGAUUAUAAAGAUCUGGAGUCCUUAUAGGCAGCCUGGUUGCACAGGAGAUCUAGAUGGUAAAAUUGAGGAUGACUCACGUUGUCUGUACACACAUGAAGAGUACAUUAGUCUUGUGCUGAACAGUGGCAGUGGUCUGUCACAUGAUUAUGCCAAUCAGUCAGUCCAAGAGGAUCCAAGAAUGAUGGCCUUCUUUGACUCCUUGGUCCGUCGGGAGAUUGAGGGGUGGAGUUCUGAUUCCGACAGUGACCUCAGUGAAAGCACCAUCCUGCAGCUCCAUGCUGGCGUAAGCGAACGUUCGGGUUAUAGUGAAUCGGAGUCCUCCACCUCUCUUCGUCACUCCCCACCUCACAUGACAGAAGAAUCUGAUGAAGCUGCCUAUAAUUUGGGGACCUCGAGAUCUACUGAAUCUCCACCAGCCAGAGAAGCUGUGGCUUCUCGUCAGCAACGGUUGUCUGCACUUAGGUGGUACCAAGACAAACGUCUCUUGGCCCUUUCUAAUGAGUCUGAUUCUGAUGAAAAUACCUGUGAAACUGAGCUGGAUACUGAUCUUUUCCCAAGGCCCAGAUCCCCAAGCCCUGAAGAAAAUGAUUCUAGCAGCUCCAGCAGCAGCAGCAGCAGUAGUACAGAUGAUGAUGAGGAACUGAAUGAGCGGCGUGCCUCAACCCGGCAGCGCAAUGCACUGAGACGUAGACAGAAACCACAAAAGGAAGAAAGGACUAGUGCAAAUGCAGAAAACACAAGUACUUAUGUAGGAGAAGACAUCUAUGAUUACCCCCAGAUCAAAGUGGAUGACCUCUCCCCUUCUCCAGCUUCGUCUCCUGAAAGGAGCUCUGCAAAUACAGAGGUCCGUAAAGAAAAGGUCUCUCCUUGCUCAGAGAGUGAAUCAGUAGACAGAAAGAUCUACAAAGCUUUCAGGUGGCUUCAUUAUUCUUAUAUGUCUUAUGCCGCUAAUAAAGAUGGUGAAUCCUCGCGUGGACUUGGAGAAAAUGAGGGGAGACCAGGAACUAGCAGAAAAACUCAAGGUGGCCAGGAUCCUUCUCCUGAAAACCAUAACAAAGAAACCUUCAAGGAACAUAGUUCAGCAGAAAACUCUAGGAACACUCAAGAUCGUGAAUGUGAUAAUCAGCAACAGCUGGAGGACCCGGAAAGCUUAGCCCAAGAUACUGGGAGCAGUGGGUCUGUAGACCAUUCUUUUGAGGCCAAGAAGCUCAAUGGAAAAGCCAUUUGCAAAUCAUUAAGUAGUUGCACUGAAGAGCCAUGCAAUCAGCCUGCAGGAUUUGUGGAACAGAAAAACAGCCAGAACUGUCAACCAGCACCCAGCCACAACCUAUUGGCUGUUUCUAAGGAUUCAUUUUCUACUGCUGCCAAUUGUAGUGGAUCUGGGAAUUAUUCUAAAACCCCAACAGAUGUCAGUGAGGACAGGAACACUGAGAAUUCCUGGGCAAACCAUAACAAUGGCCACUUACACCCUCGCUCUUCUUUCCUUAAUAAUGGACAGAGUUUUGGAGAGCAGGAGCUGGUGGCCCAAGGAAGACAAUUACACUUAAAUGCUGAUAAUGGCAGCCUUGUGCAGACAUGCACAUCCUUGCAUAAGGACUAUUGCUUGUCUGCAACAGACUCCACCAGUCACAACGUGAGCACGAAAGAGGAUGUUGCUGAGUUGCAUCCCACAGACAGUGAUGGCUCGCAAACUCAUGGGCGACAGAAAAGGCACAGAGCGGAGUUUGAAGAUACAGAUUCUGAGAAGGCUUCCUCAGAAAAGAAGUUAAAAACACAUGCAGCCUGGGUCUGAAAUGUUGCAUUUCCAAUCCUCCAUUCCAUUCUUCAAUGGGUCUAUUUUAAUUUGCCGGGGCUAUGUUGUAUAAAAAUCUAACUUCUUUAAAAAUGAGACUGAGUAUAGUGUACUCUUACAAGGUUCUGUUCAAGUAAAUCCUUAUUCAGACAGUUGACUUACUCUUGUGUGAUGUGUGGUGUUUGUUCAACUAGCUACCUAAUGUAGCUAUUGUAAAUUUUUAUUCUUUUGAAAAGAACUCCUUGCGUGUUGAUACUGUGGGUUUUGUAGUCUCAUUGACUUGAGUGAUAAGCAAAUUACAUCUGACUGAUGCUUUUGAAGUAUAUUUUCCAUAAAGGAGAACCAGAGCAAACUGAAUGCACCCUUUUGACUCUCUCCUCUGCUUCUGAAGUCUUAAAGAAGUAUGACUCUUCUGGUUUGAAUAGAUCCUCCUGCUUUAUGUGGAGAGUCAUAUUGCAGUUUGUACUUAAAGUAACCUAAUUGCUAACUCAAGAGGCAGGGGGUGAUUUUGUAUGACCUCAAAACUGUUAAGGUAAUGUCCAUGAUGACCUUGCUUUUUCCUCUAAAACUAACUCUCCCAUCACAAGAUAGCCAUAUUUGUCAUUGGGUUGGGAGAUAGACUCCAUUCCUGUUUCAAAGUCAUUAGAGAUGCAGUCCUGGAGCAGUGUUGGAUUUCCCAUUAGUUCACUUGCUGCCCCAAACUAUGACCCGCUUACAAAAUGGCUUGCAUCGAAGCUACAUCUCUUGUGUCAGCACUACUUCGGUGACCUAGGAUGGUUAGCUUAGAUGAGAGGAGGAGAGAAAUGCAUAAUGAUGUACCUAACAGAAACUAACUGUGUGUGUGAAAUGAACAUUGAGACUGGAUUAUUUUUUUCUUAUUGUUUCAUUUUCUUUUUUUAAACAAAAAAGAACUGAACUUAUUUGGAACAAUAGGCUUACUUUAGAGACCCUGGUUUUACAGUCCUGCACUACAGUACAAAAGUGCAGAUUGAUGUAUGGUUUCCAAUUAAACAAAUAUUUUUGUGUGUA